AUGGCCAAGUCUGCUGCCCUCAAGAACAACAAGAAGGAGAAGAAGGUUGUCGAGUCAUCCUCAUCUGACUCUGACUCCUCCUCCUCUUCUUCCUCGUCCUCCUCUUCGUCUUCCUCAUCCUCUGAUGACUCCUCCUCCGACUCUGAGUCUGAGGACGAGAAGAAGGUCGAGGUGAAGAAGGUCGAGGUCAAGAAGGUCGAGAAGAAGGCUGAGAAGAAGGCCGAGAAGAAGGCCGAGAAGAAGGCCGAGUCCUCUGACUCCGAGUCGUCGUCGUCUUCGUCUGACUCUUCCGAUUCCGAGUCCGAGUCCGAGUCUGAGAAGGAGGAGCCUAAGAAGGUCGAGAAGAAGGUCGAGAAGAAGGUCGAGAAGAAGGUCGAGAAGAAGGCUGAGGCCAAGAAGGUCGAGAAGAAGAAGGAGGACUCUGACAGCUCCUCCAGCGAUUCCUCGGAUUCUGACAGCUCGUCCUCGUCGAGCUCUGACUCUAGCUCUGACUCUGACGACGAGAUGGAGGAGGCCACUGAUGCCACCACCAAGCGUAAGGCCGAUGCCGAGGAGACCCCCGCCGUCAAGAAGACCAAGACCGAGCCUGCUCCUGCCGCUGCCGCUGCCCCCGCCGCUGCCCCCGCCGCUGAGGGUGCCUCUACCACCGUCUUUGUUGGUGGUCUCUCCUGGAACGUCGACAACGACUGGCUCCGCACCGAGUUCACCGAGUGCGGAGAGAUCGCUGAUGUCCGUGUCAUCACCGACCGCGACUCCCAGCGCUCCAAGGGAUACGGUUACGUCGAGUUCACCACCGCUGAGGGUGCUCAGGCUGCUUUGGCCCUUGCCGGUAAGGAGAUCGAUGGCCGUGCCAUCCGUGUCGAUAUCUCGGAGGGUCGCCCUAAGAAGGAGGCCAAGAACUUCAGCAACACCCCCACUGGCGAGCCCACCGAUACCCUUUUCAUCGGUAACUUGUCCUUCACCGCCACUGAGGAUGAUAUCCGCGGUGCUUUCACCGAGUGCGGAGAGAUUCUCUCGAUCCGUCUCCCCACCGAUCGCGAGUCUGGCCAGCCCAAGGGUUUCGGUUACAUUCAGUUCUCCUCCAUCGAUGAGGCCAAGGCUGCUGUUGCCUGGAACGGUUCCGACCUCGCUGGUCGUCCCUGCCGCUUGGACUUUGCUGGACAGAAGCCCGAGCGUGCUGAGGGUGGUGGUGGUGGUUUCGGUGGCCGUGGCGGUCGUGGCGGCCGUGGAGGCCGUGGUGGUUUCGGUGGCGACCGUGGUGGUCGUGGUGGUCGUGGUGGUCGUGGAAGCUUCGGUGGCGACCGUGGCGGCCGUGGUGGACGUGGUGGUUCUUCGACCAACCGUGGUGGAUUCGGCUCCUUCCAGGGCUCCAAGGUUACUUUCUAA